AUGUGUCGCGCAUAUAAUGAGUUGGCUCGUGCAGGCAAGGACAUAGACGUAUUUAAUAGUAAAUUUCCUCAGUAUAAAAAGGCUAUAUCCGACUUGCUCAAAAAUGACGAAACGACAGCGUCUCCCGGUGGGAACGAUCAAAGCCACCUAACUGGGUACAUACUGAACGGCGUGGAUGUACCAAUAUCGAUGUACCCGUACAUGGCGCUGAUCGGCAGGUUCGGGCGCGUCCACUGCGGCGGCUCCGUCGUCAGCGACCGGGUGAUCCUCACAGCAGCACACUGCCUCUGCUCAUCUACAGGGCACAUAUUACCAGCCAAGACCUUUGACGUCUAUUUGGGUUCAGCAAAAGCAUUGGAUGGCACAAAAUAUAAAGUGUGCAAAACCCUUCCGCAUGCACGCUACGGCACAGUUUUAUAUGGAUACGACUUAGGAUUAAUGUUACUCAACAAAAACAUAAAAUUUGGAGCAACUGUACAAAAAAUCGCGCCCGUCUCUAACAGCCAAUGGAAAAAGAAAGCUAGCAUGUUGACUGUCAUAGGAUUUGGUGUAACAUCGAACGCAGGAAAAUUGCCGGAGACUCUUCAGAUGACUAAAAUGUAUUACAUCAACGAAACGCAAUGCUUUAACUCACAGCACGGCAUGCCGUUCCCCAUAGUUCUACCUUCGCAUAUGUUCUGCAUGAUUGGUGAAAGGUGGACAAGCGAUUGCUUUGGGGACUCUGGUUCCCCAGUUAUUUGGAAAAGGAACAUCGUGGGUCUUGUAUCUUCCGGCAGAGAUAAUUUUUGUGGUUCAGACAUGAUGCCAUCUAUGUAUACAGAUGUGCGACAUUUCAACAAAUGGUUAGACGACAAUGUCAGAGAUUUGGAAGAAAACACAGAAUGUAAUAUUGAACAAAAGCAAGACCCUCAACCUAAGGAUAUCAGAACGUAUGCAAACGACAGAUAUGGAGAGAAACUAGCAGCUAGAUAUACAAAACAAACCAUAGAAUUAGUAUUAAAUUUUGAUUAG